AUGCCUGAACCAGCGAAGUCUGCACCCAAGAAGGGCUCCAAGAAAGCGGUCACUAAGACCGCCGCUAAAGGAGGAAAGAAGCGUAGAAAGUCCAGGAAGGAGAGCUACGCUAUCUACGUGUACAAAGUGCUGAAGCAGGUCCACCCUGACACCGGCAUCUCUUCGAAGGCGAUGGGGAUCAUGAACUCUUUCGUCAACGACAUCUUCGAGCGCAUCGCCGGUGAGUCGUCUCGUCUCGCUCACUACAACAAGCGCUCCACCAUCACCUCGAGAGAGAUCCAGACCGCCGUGCGUCUGCUGCUGCCCGGAGAGCUGGCCAAACACGCCGUGUCUGAGGGCACCAAGGCCGUCACCAAGUACACCAGCUCCAAGUGAAGCGUGAUCUGACUCCCGACAACCCCAACGGCUCUUUUUAGAGCCACCCAUUUCAUCACUUAAAGAGAUUGUAGUGUUGAAAAUGUGUCUACUUCGUUAUAACGAAGCAAAGCUAACUUGGGGUCUUCUGGGGGGAAAAGCAGGCUUCAGAGAACCAAUGGACACUGUGUUGUCUUAAAAUUACUGAAGCUGAAAUGCCACCAUGUUCCGUACAUGUGACGUUUUAUGUCAUCUUUGUUUCUCUUUUUACCCCCGAUCCAAACCGAGACCCACCCGCUGUUUGUUUCAGUAAGAGUUGAGUUAGUUUGCACGGUGCGCCCACUGCGUUUGAAAAUUGACGGUGGGGAAGAAUAAAAAGACAAAAACAA